CAUUUCCGGAACAAUGGCUGCCAAAACAAUGGCAAGAAUGUUUACAACCCCUGAACCAAAUUUAACUCAGCUCCAAAAAUAUAAAGUUCGGGUAUUUAGUCUGUCAGGCGUCUUGUGAAGUAUGCCGUGAAUAAUGACCCUCGGUCACGGCGUGCUAUUUAUUUAUUUAUUUAUUUGUGAAGCGCGACACCACUUACUUAGUUUGCUAAUUCUACUGUUAGCUUAGCUUAGCUUAGCUUAGCUUAGCUACAACAGGUGCUCACUGGACCAGAACCAGAGCACAUGAUGCUAAUAGUCAGCUGUGUCAGAUACUAAUGCGUUAGAAUUAACACUAAUCCUGCUGAUUAUCCGCUCUUAUGAAGCAGCACUGAAUGCUAGCUGACUGCAGAAUGUCCAGUCCGAACGCGAACACACCAGGACCUGUAGCGCCAUCAGAGAAGGUGGAUCAGGUCAUGCAGCCGGUUCUGUUUGAAGUCUUUGGGGAGAUCUGGAAGGUACAGGCUCGGCUGGGACAGGGAGGUUCUGCUUCUGUGUACCAGGUGAGCUCGGUCAGGUCCAGCUCUGCUGCUGUGAAAGAGUUCCUGCUGGAUACACAAGGCGGGGAUUACGGCUAUCUCAAAGAAAGAUCCGUGCUAGAGGACAUCCAGGGCCAUAAAAAUAUCGUGACGCUGUAUGGCGUGUUCACCAAUCACAACCAGCUCGGCGUAGCGACACGCUGCUUGCUGCUGGAGCUUCUGGAUGUGAGCGUGUCAGAUCUGCUGGUGAGAGGAAGCAGUCAAGGCCACUCCAUGUGGCUGAUCCAGCACUGCGCUCGUGAUGUCCUGGAGGCGCUGUGCUUCCUGCACAGAGAGGGAUACGUGCACGCUGACCUCAAGCCUCGCAACAUUCUCUGGAGCCCUGAUGACGAGUCCUUCAAGCUCAUCGAUUUUGGGCUUAGCUUUAAAGAGGGGCACCAGGAUGUGAAAUACAUCCAGACAGAUGGGUAUCGAGCCCCUGAGGCUGAGCUACAGAACUCACUGGCUCAGGCGGGACUGGAGGGAGACUCAGGCUGUACCACUGCUGUGGAUCUGUGGAGCCUGGGCAUCAUUCUGCUGGAAAUGUUCUCAGGAAUCAAACUAAAAGAAACCGUCAAGUCUCAGGAAUGGAAGGACAACAGUGCUGCAAUAGUGGAUCACAUCUUUUCAAGCAAUUCUGUGGUGUACCCUGCUAUCCCUGUCUAUCAUCUGAGAGAUCUCAUUAAAAGCAUGCUUCACCACAACCCAAAUCGCAGGAGCACAGCGGAAGCUGCACUGAUCAGCCCCUUCUUCAGUAUUCCCUUCGCCCCUCACAUCGAUGACUUGGUUCUUCUGCCUACACCCGUCCUCAGACUGCUCAACGUGAUCGAUGACAGUCAUUUACACAACGAUGACGAAUACGAAGACAUUAUUGAGGACAUGAGAGAAGAGUGUCAGAAAUAUGGAUCAGUCUUAUCGCUGUUGAUUCCGAAAGAAAAUCCUGGUAAAGGCCAGGUCUUCGUCGAGUAUGCAAACGCCGGAGAUGCCAAAGAAGCCCAGAGGCUGCUGACAGGCCGUACGUUCGAUGGCAAAUUUGUGGUGGCCACUUUCUAUCCACUAAGUGCCUAUAAAAGAGGUUACCUGUACCAAACCGUGCAGUAAGGGACUAACACAAUAACAAUAACACAAUCUACACAAUCUGUUCCAGUGUGAAGAUUGCUCAGUUGUAAAAGCCCAUCCUGCUAUCACGAAGAUCUCGGAUCAUCUUUAUUAUAUAAAAAAAAAAAAAAAAAAAACUACUUUUUUUUAACGUGUGUCUAAUAUCCAUAUAGUUUUGUUCUAUAUUUCUAUAGAAAUAAAUUUCUUCUUCCAUGGCUUGCUUUAUAUAAUGUAUUAAAGGUGGGGUGCAUGAUGUUUGAAAAAUGCCUCAGAAAACAGAAAGGGGCAGAAAGGGGCGUGUCUUAUCAAUAUGCGGCGGAGAGAGUGUUCAGAAAGCGAUUGAAACAUUGACAUGGCGGAUACCUGCCGUUACCUCUGCCUCGGGUUCUAGGUGUUGAACGUCGUCUUAGGCGUGAAACGGAGCUAAACCUUUCACGGUACAACACACAGUACUACAAAAACACAUCUGUAUUACCAUAGUAUUACUCAUUGUGUUCAUUUAUUGAUAAAAAAUCUCCCCUCGGUCAGCUGCCCCAGCAGGUUCCGCCAUAAUAGUUGUCUGGGUUGCGUAUGUAUGUGUGGGGGCGGAGCUAUCAAAACAGGGGUGACACCCAUUUGGGUUAGGGGCGUGUUUGUUUUGGUGAUUACAAAUGUCAACAUUGGCUUUCAAACAUCGUGCACCUCACCUUUAAGGAAGUGUAAUGGUAUAGAGGAAGACAACGAUCACCAAAAACACCUUUAUAAGAACUGGUUGUGACACUGCUUUCACAAAAUCUGUAAGUUUUACUGCUUUAAAUUUGUUCACGCUGUUUCUGAAAACCACCGACACACAUUCGGAUCGUGUCCUGCUAAGAUCAUAUUCGUUCACACUUAUAGCUGAACGAGUCUCAGAACGGCACUUACAGCUGAAUGAGUCUUGACUGAAAGCUUUUAGCUGGAUUACAUGUUCAUUUUCCAGCAAAUCUGCAUUUUAUCCCUUUUGACGGAUGCAGUUCUGAUACACACGAAACUCCUUUCUGUAAUUUGGUGAUUAUCUGAAGCUAUAAGUCCGUCUAUAAGGCUGCACAAAUUAUAAGCAAAAAAAAAAAAGCACGCUACUCCUUGCACAGUGUAGAAGUCUGAACAUUUUCAGUCUGCUUUAAAGUGAAAAAUGGACGCAAUGUUACUUUACCAGACAGCACAGAACUAAAAGGAUAAUCAUGUAGUUGUUGAAGCUUAGCUCCUUCUACUAGGAUCGUGAAGAAGGACAUUUACUGCACAACUUGAAUAUUUAAAGCGUCAUAUCGGGUUUAACGGUAAUUUCAGGGUUCCCACGCGUCCUGGAAAACCUGGAAAUCCUGGAAAAUUAAUGACCAAUGUUCCAGUCCUGGAAAACACAUGGAAAAUGAGAGAAAACAUAAAUUGUCCUGGAAAAAAUCUUGUUGUCCUGGAAAAUUAUUUUUAAAUGUUCUUGAUCAUUUAAAGAACAGUUUACAACUGGUCGAAACAAUUAACGUUAGUAACAGAAAGCGCUCUGUUCAGCGACGCUAAGUUUUGACGGGUUUUUUGUUAUGCUGUUUAAUCUCGCUGUGACGGAUGACGCUGUCUUGUGUUGGCGGUUUCAGGCGCUAGGAAUGGUUUAAGUGCUCGAAUGUUUUCAGCAAAUGGUGACGGGUAAGCAGGUUAUAUUAACCUUGUUAAUCUGAAUAUCAUGUGCAAGUGGAAUGCACAGCAAACUAAAGCAUGCAUGACGGCACUGGCCUGAGAAAGGAGAGGGUAUUAAUAUGUGCAGUCUUUUUAUUUUAUAAAUGUUGAAAUUUCAUUCACAUGACAAAUUGUCUUUAAAAGUAUAGUUAAGUAAUAGCCAUAAAGUGUACGCUGUUUUUAAGACUUCUGGAGAGAAGAACAUAUUAAUUUAGGCCGUGAAUCUGUGAGCCUUGUCUUUUUUUGCUAAAUUUGAAAUGUCCUGGAAAAGUCCUGGAAAAUGAUCUUUGAAAAAGAGUGGGAACCCUGAAUUUGUCGCCACUCCUUUUGCCGUACAGACGACGCAGUGGUUUGGUUAUGAAUCUGAGGUCACGUGUAAAAUCUUUUCAUAAAAGAAAACACGUGAGGGAAGCUGAAAUUCUGCUGGGGUUAAAUUAUAGCAAAAAGAAAACAAAAGACAGACUCACAAAUAUUUAAAUGUAUUUUUUUUAUUUCAAUUUAAUUUAAUUCAAAAUGAAAAGGCUUUCUUUCUUUUCUUUUUCUUUUUACUUUGGAGAACACACAAAUAUAUUCAGCUAAAACGAUGCUACGAGUUUUCUUUUUCUUUUUAAUCCUUCAGUUGUUCGAGGAUCCGUUUAAGCGAACGCAGGUGUAAAAUACUCGGCCUGUCUAACAACGGUUUAACACCUCGCUAGUUAAGAGUGUGUUUUCUUCACAAACGAACGUCACGCUCUGAUCAGGUUGACUACAUGCAGUCGAUGAAUGAAACGAAUAGAACCUAAUUGAUUCAGUUUAAGGAAUCGGACACCGGCUGUCAAAACACGUGCCUUUAAAAUGAUUAUUUUUUCAUUAUUUUAAUUACGGUAUGUUUCUCUUCAGUUAAAUCUGAACUAAAUCUCAUGAGUUCACGUAUAGUAGAAAAUGGUACAGUUUGGUAUACACUCUGGUGCUUUGAUAGUCUCACUGUGUUGUGCACAAUGCUGCUUCACUGCAGGAGCAUUUUAUUAUUUUAUUUUUUUUAAUUUGAUAAUACUCUAAAUGAUGAGUGGAUGGUACUCAGUUUGAUCACCUCAUCUUUCAUGAUCUCUCUCUCUUUCUCUCUGUCUCCCUCUCUCCUUCUCUCUCUCUCUCUGGCUCUGGCUCUCUUUCUCUCUCUCCUUCUCUCUCUCUCUCUCUCUGGCUCUCUCUCUCUCUCU